AUGGUCGGAUGCAACAAGGCACCAUUGAGCCAAAACGAUAUCAUCCGAAACAUAAGUCACUUCGAAGAAAAUUUACAAUCUGCUGCUGAAAAAUUUCUAAAUUUCCAGAAAAAUAUGAUGAAAGUUAGGGUUCUCGGAUUAAUUUGUCUUGAAAAUGGAAUACUUGCCUUCCUGAAUGCGUCAAUGUAUUGCAAUUGCAAUGCUCCCAGCCUCCUCGUGGCGAAACUGUGGACCGAGAGGCCUCGAAUGGGAACAAACCGCUCAGAGAGCGAUUACGACUACAGUGGCAGCAGCAACAACAACAUCACGUUAAAAACAAAAAAAAACAACAUCUCAGCAAAAAACAAAAACAAAAGCAACACAAAAACAUCAACUGAAAAUUCUAUCAAACAGUUGCCACAAAUGAAAAGUUCCUCUGUUUAUAUUGCUUGUGAUCAACUAGGUGAAAUGAAACAUGAAGAGAAGCAGGGCAGAGCGCAGACUUUCUGGAAUUUAAAAACCCUUCAACAACUGCAGGAAAUUAAUGAGAGUGAAUGCUCGUUCUCGAGGCCAGGGAGCAAGUUGAUGCAUGAAUGUUUUGUAUUUCGAGGCGGUCUACACUUCUUUAAUGAAGAAAAAAUUUGCAUCGUGCCGGUCAAUGGAGGCAAUUUAAUAUUACUUCAAAUAAAACAUAACAAUAAACAGUCAGAUGACGUAAUAAGAGUUGAGCGCGAAAGUAACGUAACGAUUAAAGUUAAAUAA